CAGGCUUCAACAGAUGUAACACGUGGGGAACAACCUCAAAGUUUGAAUUUACUGACGCAUGCUGAGUGUGUUGCACUUUCCAGAACAUUAUCCGGCAAGGACGUGCUAACGCAAGGAUAUUAUUUCUCGCGAUUGAAGGAACCAGACUGCUGAAAGAUGCACCGGAUCGCCCUUUUAACGUGUAUACUCACCGCAUCACUGAUGAAUCAAGCGAGCGGUUUGGAAACUAUCACCGGCAAGUAUGGAGACACCAUUGAAAUCCCAUGCAACAACGGACGCAUCGCGGAAGCAGAUGCUACAUUCGUUAAAUGGAAAUAUGACAAAGAUGGCAGCAUACUGGUGAAACAUCAGAAUCAGAACGCCUCUGUUUCAAGCGACGUGAGCUACAAGAACAGAGUCAGUAUUAAAAAAGAUUUGAGCCUCGUCAUCGCACAACUGGCCAUGAGCGACCAGAGAACCUUCACCUGCAUGGUGGUGGUAAAAGAAGACAUUUUGGAGUACCCUGUUCAACUGGCUAUUUACAAGGUUCCAUCGCAACCUCAAAUCACAAACCUAACGACUGUGAUGGCAAUCGGCAAACCAACUACGUUAGCUCGGUGUCGUACUGAAGAUGCCAAUCCAGCUGCCAACAUCACGUGGUUCAAGAACAAAACUCCUCUUAUGACCGAUGGAGCAGCCAUUAAAAUCACAACCAAUGUGGAUGUUAAUAAAGAGACGGGACUGUCCACGACAACUUCCUCCCUGGAGUAUACAGCAGUGAAGGGAGACAUUGACGCCAAGUUCACCUGCCAGGUUCAACACGUCAAGUCUGCAAACAUGGAUUCUUCACCUCUCGUCUUCACUGUGAACUACCCCACCGAGAAGGUCAGUCUCAAAGUGGCGUCCCAGGGUCCUUUUAAGGAAGGGGACAACGUGACCCUCAAAUGCACAGCAGACGGAAACCCUCCGCCUUCUAGCUUCAACUUCUACAUCAACGGACAGAAAAAGACUGUGAACUCCAACACGUACACCUUGAGCAACGUCACCCGGGAGAACAGUGGAGAAUACAAAUGCUCGCUCGUGGACAAUGAGAACAUUGUGGCUUCUGCACCCAUCACAGUUGAAUAUCUUGAUUUGGUCCUUAGCUCCACUGGUAAAAUUGUUAAGAAACUUGGCGAGAGCCUUGAGAUGACUGUAGAUGUUAAAGCUUCAGGAGCGGCGCAAACUUCUUGGAAGAAGGGCAAUGCCAAGCUGAACAGCCUGCCCAAGUUUGAAAAGCUGUCAUACGCUGACUCUGGCGUGUAUGAGUGUGUUGUUUCCAUGGCCGGCUUCAAGAAAACGCAAACAUUUGAGUUAGUAGUUGAAGGUUCUCCGGUCAUUCAGAGCCUGCUCAAGGAGCGUGGUGAGGGCAUGAACAAGGUCCUGAAAUGUGCGGCUGAAGGCUUUCCAAAACCCACAGUACAAUGGAGUGUCAAUGGCACAAGUGUUGAGAGUGCUUAUGAGAACGGAAGAGUCACAUACAGCCUCAGUAUUGUUCCGAAGGGCAAUCUCACGGUGUCCUGCGCCGUCUCGAAUGUCUUGGGUUCUGACGUUAAGAGCAUGAAUGUAUCCGCACUUAUUGAGGACGUGACAAUGGACAAACAAGAUCAGAAAGACGAGUACAGUGACCAGACGGUACUGGCUGUCGGUAUAGUUGUUGGUCUGAUGCUGGCCGCUCUCGCUAUAGGACUGGCCUACUGGCUGUAUACGAAGAAAUUCAGGCAAGGAUCCUGGAAAACUGGAGAAAAAGAAGAUGGAUCUGCAGAAGAGAGUAAGAAGCUGGAGGAGAAUCAAAGCCAAAAAGCUGACGUGUAAUGUCAAGUGAGCUGUUCAGGGAUUCAUUUAAAUGCGAUCCCUUUUUCCACGAGAAGGAGUGAAAAAUCGGUGAAAUCUGUGUGAAAGGAGGAAAAAAAAAAAAAAAAAUCAGAAGCUGUAAUGGAGGACCCGAGUAGCUGUGUCAGUUACAUCUCCAGCAUCGUCUGUAACGUGUCUGUGCCUCCCCUAUGCUGGGGAUUUAAUUAAUAAUGUAUGUUGUAAAGUAUGUGAAUCUUUUUUGCAUUGAAGAUCAAGCCUGUUCAGAAACCUUUUGUCUGUAAAGUGUUUAUUCAUAAUGUUGGAUUUCAUGUUUUAUUUUUAUGUCCCAGCUAUUUAGUUGAUGCAAAUUUGUGUUUGCAGUUUCACAUGGUAGAAACACUGAGGCCUUUAGUGUCUGUAUAGGACUUUUCCUUUUAGAAUUACAUGUAGUACCUAACCUGUGGCAUGAUGUGAAGCAUGAUAUUCUGAGCACUUGGCGAGUUUUCAGGUCUUAACAAGUCAGUAAGCCAAAUUACAUCCCAAUGUUAUACUUGUUGGGGUGUAAAAGACCAUUAUUUACCAAUAUUUAGCAUUAUAAAAGACUGUGACCUACAAUUUGAAGUUUAAAAAAAAAAAAAAAAAAAAAAAUCAGAGAAAUGUAAUUUCUGAAGUAAGACGUUAGUGCAGGGACCAGAGCUUGUUUAAUGAAAACCAUGCCUUUUGCUUGGAUUGUUUACCAUUUAAAAUUGGGGUUUUUAUCACAUGUGUUGCCUUUUUUUCAGGAUAACCGAAAAUCAUCUCUUAAUGUAUACCGACACUGACUUAUCACCCGUUUCUGUGUGUUCUUUGAUGUUUCAUUGUUUUGCUGCAGAAUUGUAUGUGUUCUGGUUUAAGCAGUACUUGUAAAUAUGGUUAACUUCUUUUUAUUGUUUUUAUGUUCUAUUUAUAUUGUUGAGGUUUAGCUAAAUGCCAGUGUUUUGACAUUAUGUUAGCUAGUUUUAGUCAUUUUCUCCUGAAAACAUACCUCCGUUGCUGUUGAAUGGUACAGUGCAUUUGAUGGUAUUUACUUGCAGAUUUUAAAUUCAAACUUUCAGUUAAAUGCAUAGUGGUUGCUGCAUUUCCACACUUCAGUGCAUAUUACCUGCAUUUAAUCCGCUGUCAAGACCAAAGAGGUUGAAUGUGGCCGUGCAAGUAUUGUACAUACUCACCAUUGUUUUGUACUAUUAGUUCAAAUAAAGUGUACAUUUUUAGGAAAGA